CCAAGUGGAACUUCACCAAAAGGAAGAAAGAGAACAUCUCACCGCGCGAAAAACUUUUCACUCUUUCAAAUGAACUUUUUUGCGGUCCCGCGCAAGACUGUGCAGUUCGCGAGUUUCAAUUCUUCCGGCAUUUUAUUUGGAAGUGCCCAUUCGCCUCGCCUGGUUGGAGAACACAGAUUUUGUCCGCGGCUCACCAAUUAAUUUGACCAUUCUUUUGUUUGGAUCAUCAUUUCGUCGAGACCCAUUUGUCGGGAUCAGUGCGAAGUGCCUCCACUGAGCAAGAAAAGCAAAAGCUCGAAACCUUUUUUGUAGAGGAGCACCAAGAAGCUCGAAUCGAGCACGUCGAUGGCGAGAACCAGGAAAAGGGUUCGCGCGACUCGUCGUGCUGCUGAUGGAAGCGCAUUCGAGAAAUGCGACAAUUGUGGGGUAUCGGUGGCAGUCGCUUUGGCCGCCAUGCACGAGUGUGAAGAACCCAAGAAGGAAGUGAAGAGAUUCAGAGGGUUUUGUGGCCUUCUAAAGAGUAGCUAUGUUGGGGAAGAGAGUACAGCCGAUCAGCCCAGAUCGGCCUUUUGCUUCUUCAUGGAAAGUUUUCUUAGGAACAGAGAGGGCAUACAUUCGAUCGACAUCGAAAGAGAGGGAUUCGAAACAUGGAAGAAAAUGUCCGUGGAGGAGAGGCAACCAUACAUCAUCCAGGAGCGAAAGAUAAACUCAGUUUACCAGGAAGCUUUGCUCCAAGAGAUAAAUGAUGCAUCUGAGAUGGAAGAUGAGGCGGACUCUGCUAUGGUUGGGAAAUUCGAUCUGUUCUAUGAAGACUAUGAAGAUGACAACGACGACUCCGGUAGCUUUGAAGCAUUCCCUAGCUUCGACACCUAUGAAUGGCGAAUGGUCCGCUCGUGGGUCGUUAAGAAACCCAAAGCUGAAGAUUGAUGGCUGCUUCAAAGGUUAUCGAUCUGGUCGACUUACUAAUGGUGGUGCUAUGUAAUGUGGAUGCUGCAGAAUUUUGGUAGACUCACUGUGUUCAGUGAAGGCUGAGUCAUUUUGGCUAUUGUGAAGAAACAUUGAUGUCCAUAGUUUUUAUCAGCCAGGAAAUUCUUCCACUCAAAACUCGUUGAUCUAGCCCAUGAAUGGUCGAACUCAGUGCCAAAUCUGUGCUUUUCCCAUUUCCUACUAUUGAAGUUCGCAGAUAAGGUGCCCAUUAGUGGGUAGGGCUCAUUGCAUUUCGAUUCGGUGCAGGUUUUCAAACCCGAAUUAGACCCUUGACAAUGUCAAGUCUUUUCAGCUAUUGCCCGAACCAGAACCGGGCUUGACUCGA